AUGAAUGGAAUCCUAAAAUCUACGUUGAAAAAACUGUCCAGUGAGGGUGAUGGUUAUGGGCAAUGGCGUGAUAAUCUUUCAGAGGCCUUGCAGAUAAUUAACAAUAGGCCAAUCACAGAAUCAUUGACCCCAUUAAUGAGGAUGUUAACCCCGAACUUAGUGGUAUCCACUUUGAAAAUGGAGACCAUCAUGUAUUGGAAGAUGCACCAAGAUGCACAACCUCCAUAUCGAGGUUCCCCAGCGGCUGCUGGAUUAGAUUUAUAUGCUUUAGAAGCAAUAGUAAUUGCACCAGGACAAGUUAAAAUGAUUCCUACCGGCAUAGGAUGUAAGAUACUGGAAGGACAUUAUGGCCAGUUGGCCACAAGGUCAAGUUUUGCCUUAAAAGGGGCAGUAGUAAUAGGAGGAGUCAUAGACUCCGACUAUCAAGGUGAGAUUAAAAUCUUAAUGAUAAAUUUAGGCCCUAACCCUUUAAUAAUAGCAAAAGGGGAAAGAGCCGCCCAAAUGCUCUUAAUCCCGAUUUAUUUAUUGGAACUGAGAGAAGGAGAAGCCCCUACGGAAUUGACAGUGCGGGGAGACAAAGGUUUCGGAUCAACCAAUACUGUCAAUGUUGGAGCUAAGAUUUGGGUUCAGAAUGUCCAAGGACCGCCUUCACCUGCUGAAGUGAUAGCAGUAGGAAAAGAUAGGACUUUGUUGAUCAUGAGACCAGGGGUUGAGAAAUGGGAAUAUGUUCCCCAGGAGAAAUGUUAUUUGCGAGAAUAA